AUGCCAACAUCCAACGGGAAGAGGCACGCACAAGCGGUGUCGCGCAUCCCGCAUCUUGUGACUCCCGAGUGUUUUCACCGUCUUUGCAGCUUGAUUGCUCGAGCUCUGCUACUUGUCGCCGAUAGGUGCUCGGCCGAAUUUUAUCCCGGCGACAUAUCAUCAGCAAGUCCGAUCCCGACAGGUCACAUACCAAGGCCAACUCUGUCACCUGCAUUUCAGAGUUUCGACAAAAGGUUGAAUGCAGUCAAUGGCUGCGGACAAGCUGCCAUUGCCCUCGUGCACUGGAGACGAUUCGGGAGCAGUAUAAUGGCUGAUGAGCUGCAGACAUCUAUCAAUUACACUCUGCAGCAUCUGCAUGCAAACCACGUUGAUCAGCUUUUGCUUGGCGCUCCGAUAAGAUCCUACUGGACCGGAUACAGUUCAGCUAUCUAUAUUGCAUCGGGUGAACCUAUCCAUAAUGCGCUCAGCGCCCUGCUUGGCUCCUCUAUAAUGCAAGGUACCCAGAAACAAACACAUGAGUGUCCAAUCCAUGCACCGUCGGGUCCCACUGAUUUGGCCAUCCUUAGCAGACCCAGAUAUAGAACGCUAGAGAUCCCUAGUAUGUCAGGUGACGCUGACAACCGAUAG